AUGAGUACUGCCACAUGGAUUUCGGUUGAUGGCCAGCCAUUGGAGACUUACGCUGUGGAAACAUCUCUGGCGACCAACGAAGUGACAUGCUGGAUCCCGUCUGAAGCUGGCAAGGAGUUUUCUGUGCAUUGUCAAAACACUUCCGCCCCUGGCCUCAAUACCAUUGGUGCAUUCGUCUAUAUCGAUGGACAGGGGUGCCAUGGUAGCUUGUUCGAGCGCUGGAAUGUGAAUCACACUGUCGAGUUCAGUCAUGCGUUUGUUUCAGAUAGGAUCACCAAAUCUUUCGUAUUUUCAAACGUUCAGCUGACAGGUAUUUCCGCACGUUGUUUAGUCAUUGAUUCAGUGCCUCACUGUUAUGCAGAUGAAGAUGAAUUUGUGGAUGCAUCAUCAGCCAACUUAGGACAAAUCCAAGUCAGAGUUUGCAAAGUAACAGUCGGCGAAUACUAUAAUCCUGCUCAGAAUCAGCUUCAAACUGAACACAAGGUGCACGAACGGUCGAAGAAAGCAGUGACACACUGUGUUGGGCUUGGUGAAGAGACUAUUAUUCCACAAACAAUGUUGCGCAAGACACAGAGCAUUGGUCAGCCUCUUGCAAAAUUCACGUUCAAAUACAGAGACCGAAAUCUUUUGAAAGCGAACGGAAUUAUACCAGGUCCAGCACCGUUGAAGCGCAAGGCACCGCAGGAAAUCAUUGACCUCACUGUCAAUGACGUCCAGGCGGCGGGGAGCAGCAGAUCCAAUGAUCCAAUCCGAGGAGAACAAAACCCGCAGAGAACAAGAGAGACGGAGCGCAGGAGCAAGAAAGUGAAGCAAGAACAGAAGCCCGGUGUAUUCGUAGAAGUCAUUGAUCUGACGUAG